ACACUUUACAGGACAGGUUUUAUCUGCAGUGGAGGUGGGUGACACAAGUGGCCUCACCUUCCCUUUUGGGCAUCUAGUUCCAGGAGAACCACAGGGACAAGACAUCUCUCCUGCUUUCCUGGUGUAAAUACAUGAAGCAAUAUGUUGUUUGCUGUGUUUGAGCAUCUGGAUACCUGGAACUGAAAGCUGUCUAUGUACAAGAGACCCCUGGCCGCUUUUCCUCCACAGCACGUCAUUCCCGUGCCCUCUCCUAACAUGUCCUUGUUUUCCCACUAGUGAGCAACUGUGCUCUGCCUUUGGCUGCAGUCCCGCAUCCCUAGAACUGGCUCAGCUUCGGCUUUCUGUGGGCGAUUUGUGGAACAUGCGAGGAAACAGAGGAUGACUUGCUGGCGGGAGCGCUCCAGGUGCUGGAGCUGCCUGGCUCCGGCUGCAGGGCAUUAGGACCCAGGGGUUGCCGAGUGGAGGAGGCUGAAUUCCCUCCCGCUGUCAUCCUCCUGCCUCUGCAGCUUUAUCCCUACAGCCUUCAAUGGUGACGGACUCCCUCCCACCCGGGCUGGCAGCCAGAGCCAGAAGGCCUCGCUAGGACCGGAUCCCUGCAGCUCUAUGGCAUCUCCCAGGACUAUCACCAUCGUCGCCCUCUCGGUGGCCCUGGGGCUCUUCUUCGUCUUUAUGGGGACCAUCAAACUGACCCCUCGGCUCAGCAGAGAUGCCUACAACGAGAUGAAACGAGCCUACAAAAGCUACGUGCGGGCCCUGCCCAUGCUGAAGAAGAUGGGAGUCAGCUCCAUCCUCCUCCGCAAGACCAUCGGCGCCCUGGAGGUGGCGUGUGGCAUUGUCAUGACACUGGUGCCUGGUCGCCCCAAAGACGUGGCCAACUUUCUCCUGCUCCUCCUCGUGCUGGCUGUGCUCUUCUUCCACCAGCUCGUGGGGGACCCCCUCAAGCGCUACGCCCACGCCCUGGUGUUUGGGAUCCUGCUCACCUGCCGCCUGCUCAUCGCCCGCCAGCCCGAGGAGCUGCCGCCCGAGAAGAGGAUGCUGUCGGUGAACGGGGAUGAGCAGCCACUCAUCCACGAAGCAGCUCCCGAGAAAGGCAAGAUGAAGGUAUCCUAGUUGAGUGCAUGUGAGAAACACGGACCCUCGAGGCAGCUCUCUCCAAAAUCACCUGGAAAAAUUUGUUUUUUAUUUUAAACCUAUUUGCGUUUUUUUUUUUUGUCUGUCUAAAUAAAGUUGCACUUGGGGUCUGAGAGAUACAAGGUA